GAGGGUGAUUUGGGGUAACAGAAGAAGAAAAUAAAGUAUUAGCUUGUCAAGAAGGCCUCAACAGUUUGCUCAGCUUGGGGACAAAGUCCACAGGGCUGUGGUGGUGGCCCAGCAGCGCAGCCCCAGCAUGAUCAGCCCUCCCGAGCGGGCCCGGCCACGGCGCGCGGGUGAGAGCUAUGAGGAGAAGUGCGAGCGGCGGCAUGAGACGCGCGAGGCCUUGCGGCGGCGGAGCCACCCGCCAAGCUGCCGCCGGCCUGGGCGGGCGGCGGAGGAGCUGCCGCAGAGCCCGAGGCAACGCGAGUUCCUCCGGAGGAGAAACCUGCCGAGCACCGCGACCCUGACACAAGCCACCCUCUUGUUCCAGCGCCCGUGGAGCCACCCCGCGUACCCCCCCGUGCUCUCCCCGCUCGGCCUCGGUAGCCCCCUCGACGUUUCGGCAGAAGCCACCCCUGGGCCACGCGUCUUCACGAACACCCAAGGAACUCAGACGCUCACAAGCACAGCGGUGAAAGACUCGAGCCAGCAGACAGACUGUGGAACAGCAGUUUUAAAUAAGGAAAUCAUACAGCUGUCCAGCUACCUGAAGGAGGCCUUGCACCGCGAGCUGCUGCUGAAGCAGAAGAUGGUGAUCCUGCAGGAGCUGCUCUCCACGCUGCUGCAAGCCUCCGAAAAAUCCUGGCAGGGUCAGCUGAAUGAAGACAAACUGAAGUGCAAACUAAGGGCCCUUGAAAAUCAGCUGCAGGCCUGCACCCAGAGUUACUCAAAGGAGUGCGUGAAGAAGAUCCUGAUAGAGAUGGAGGACCAGAAGCAGACCUACGAGCAGAAGGCAAAGGAGGCUCUUCAGAAGAUGCUCGAGGACAAACUCCAAGCAGAGCAACAGCUGCAAAACUCUCAGAGAUGCCUGGAGGUGACGAGGGAGGACCUGGCCCUCUGGAAGGUGCACUACACCACGCUGAAAGCCGAGUGGACCCAGAUGACCAAGACGCAGAGCGAGCUCGAGAGCAACCUCCACGUUCUGCAAAGCAAACUGCAACACACGGCGGCGCAGAACGAGCAGCUCCAGCAGGCCCUGGACCGCCUGCAGCAGGAACACGCCGAGCUCCAGCAGCGCGCCAGCGCCUUGCAGGAGGACAACCAGCUCCAAGCCGAGCACAUCAGCACCAUCGAAGGUAAACUGCAAAAAGAACAAAAUCAGAAGCUAACAUUACAAAGCCAGAAGCUAUCCUUGGAGGCAACGAUCAGCCACUUGCACAACUUGAUGCAGAACCAGACCAACGAGCGGAAAAUGCAGGAAGCGAUGGUGCAAAGGAAAGAUCAGGUUUUCACCACGCAGAGCCCACCUCUCACUCCUGCCAAGGAAACACAAAAUGCUCUGUUAAAGCACCCUGAGGAGGAGGCAGAAGAAAGCCUGAAGGCUGAGAUACAGAAAAGGACAUCCCAGCUUACAGCAAAGGAGAACGAGGUAUAUGUGGGCACACAGGUGGCAGACGUGAAAAUCCCCCAUCACCAGGCUGCCCGUGCACAGGCGAAGAGCCAAGGCUGCUGCGGUAGCCCUGCCGGUCUCGGUGUGCCCGGCCCCGCGGGGCUCGCUCCCGCUAACGUCCCCGCUAACGUCCCCUUGCAGUGCCAGGAGCUGCGCGCCGAGCUGGAGGCCCUGAGCGAGGAGUACCGCUCCUGCCUGACCAGGCUGCGCCAGUGCCGGGACGAGCUCAACCACGUCCAGAGCAAACCAGCGAAGAGACAGCGUGGUAACUGGCUCCCUCUUCUGCUGGCAGUGAUAGCAAUGGCCAUGGCUGCCUUCCUCGCAAACUACCGACCGUGA